UAUUUCUAAAUGGUAACUGUUACGAGAUAAAAAAAAAAGAUAUGAAGUGGCCGCUGAUUUUUUUAAUUAAAUUAUUAUAUAUACAGAUUGUACUCGGCCAGUACAAUGCACCGUUGGCAAAUAUAGGAUAUGGAGCACGCCAGAACGAUUUGUCUGCCAACAAUUUGCCAAUCACAUAUCCGUUCAAGAGUGUUCCAAUUUCAAAUAAUAUGCCAAUCAAUAUGUUGCCAAAUUCCAAAACAUUACCAUUAAAUAAUCUGCCAGUCACACAAAAUAUACCAUUAAGUCCAUUAACAAAUAAUGGACUGCCAACAUAUCGUUUACCAAAUAACAUGCCAAUAUCGAAUCUACCUAUUGCUAAAGAAUUGCAUAAUGGUGCAAUGAAUAGAUUCCCAUAUUCCACCAAUUAUCCGAUUCCAAAUGGUUAUCGAGUUAACAAUAUACCCCAGAUAAAUAACUUAGGUGUGGCAAAUAAUUUGCCACCUAAUAAAAAAUAUGGUAUGUCUAAUCAUAAUUUACCAAAUGCCAAUAAUUACAAAAUGAUCAAUAAUGCACCUGUUGUAAACAAUUUUCCGUUUGGAAAUGGGUUGCCAAUUUCUAAUAAUGUGCCAAGAACUGUAGGCAAUAAUCUGCCAAUAGUCAGUAAUAAUUUAUUAAACAAUAAUUUGCCAAUGAGUUACAAUUAUCCAGUACCCUCCAACCUACCGAUGGUUAAUAAUAUAGCAAUUCCUAGUAACCUACCAAUAGUCAAUAAUUACCCUUCAAUACCCAAUAAUUUUCAAGUCCAUAAUCUACCAAUACCAAAUCCAAUGGCCAAUAGUCUGCCAACAGUUAAUCAUUUUCCAAUGGCCAAUAAUCUACCAAUUGCUAAUAACUAUCAAAUUAUUAAUGAUUUGCCAAUACCUAAUAACAACAAAUUCAACAAUAUACCGUCUCCUCGUAAUGUGUUUAUACCAAAUGAUAAUUUACCACGAUUCAAUAAUAUGCCAAAUUAUAAUAAUGCCAUACUUUUACCAACCGGUUUGCCAAAUUUCAAUUAUAUGCCAAUUAAUGCCAAUGGUAUUCCUCCUGCCAAUCAAUUGCCAAUUAAUUUUCCACAAAGUAAUCAACAUUUAAAUGUUUUAUCCUUUCCCAAUGGCGUGCCAAAUAAUCCAAUCGCCACUACUUUCACAGUUGGUAAUCACCAAAUCUCCAAUUUAACGCCAGUAAACGGUGUUUCCUUUGAGAAUUUCAUAUCCUACGACCAAUUGGCAAAUUUGCCAAAUAUAUCAAAAUAUGGCAACAAUAAUUUACAACUGCCAAACUUAUCAAUUGGCAAUGAUUGUGACUGUAACGAACCGGGGGCUGUGUUUUUAUUGAAGGAUGGAUUUGCGAAUUCUUUAUCGAGCACAUCGAGUGAUUCGCCUUUCGUUUCCUUAAGUGGACUACAGUUGAGUGGCAUUGGCAAUCUGCCACUGUUCAAUGGCAUGCCAGUGAUUGGCGUGAAAGAAAAAGUUAUAAAUUUAUCAUCAUUGUAAUUUAAUAAGAGUUUAGAAUAAAUUUUGUUAUGUUUGUUACAUUAUUUAUUUUUGAUUAAAUUAAUCAACAUGUG